AUGGAGCCUUACUUCAUUCCAUUCUCAACUGGUGCACGAGGCUGCUUGGGACGCAACAUCUCAUACCUAGAGCAAAUGGUCGUUCUUGCUACUAUUGUGCAUCGCUAUGAAUUUGCGCUGCCUUCUCCCGAGUUCCAGCUCAUACGCCAAGAAGAUUUUGACCUCCUGGUUGGGGAGCUGCCACUUAAGAUCUGGCGCCGUGAGCUUUCUGUUGAUACUGUCCAACCUUAA